AUGGUUACCGCGAUUGAGUGUAUUAGCGGUGAUGGUAGGUAUCUAAACCCUAUGAUUAUCUGGCCGGCUACGACGCAUCGGAGCAACUGGACGACAUUUCCUACCCCUGGAUGGCAGUACGCGUGCUCUAAUGCUGGAUAUACAGAUUCCUAUAUCAGCUUGCAAUGGCUUCAGCGUAUAUUUGACCCUGAAACUAAAGAGCGAGCAAGAGGUAAGCCGCGAGUGCUGAUCUGCGAUGGUUUUGGGACCCACGAGACUCUUGAAGUGUUAGAGUUUUGCUUCGCGAACAACAUUAUCCUCUGUCGUCUUCCCUCUCAUACCUCCCACAAGCUGCAGCCCUGCGACGUCGCGGUGUUUGCUCCAUUAAAAGCCGCCUAUCGCGAGCAAGCCGAGCGCCUAGAGCGGGGAGGCGUCAAUACAAUCGGCAAAGAACAUUUUACUUUCCUCUAUAGCCCUGCAAGGGAGAAAGCCUUUACUUCGAAGAAUAUUGUAGCCGGUUUUGCUGCAAGCGGGCUGUUUCCGCUUAACCCAGACAGAGUGCUCAGAACUAUGCCAAAGCCUCUUACUAAUUUGACUAUCGUGAAGGCCGACGACAUCAAUAGCGAAGUUUUACCAACACCUGUCACGCCGGUGUCAGCGCAAGGUCUUGUGUCGCUUCAAAACACGAUCAUCGAG